CAUCGAUUUUAGCAUUCAAUAGUUUAAACACAUAUCAAUUAUUGCUUUCGUAAAAUUUAAGCAAAAAUAAUAGUAUAACGAGGGAGUUAUGAGCAUUUGCAAUGUCUAAUUUUCAUGUCCGCCAAUAAAAUCGGCCAUUUUGAAUAUUUGCAAUCAGCAAAGGUCUGUGACGUCAUAGUCUUGACACAGCAAGAAGCGCACAUUGGAAAGUAUACAAAGUAAUACAUAAAUAGAGCAAAAAAAUGUCAAAUUCAUCGAGAUCUAGCUCGCUUUCUGAGUCUUCGAUCGAGACAAACGCAUCGAUUUCUUCAUCGGAAUUCAUGACGGCAAAUUCGGACGAAUCUAAUUCGGAAAUUUUGCCAUUUGCCGAUAAUAUUGAACCGCUUGCUUCGCCCGAUGAAAUUGCUGAGUACGAAGCUGCAGUCGCAGAAGAACGGCAGGUUGAGGACAUGCUGCAAGAUCGUUUUGAUGCCCGUGUUGAUGUUUCUUCUUGGUAAGAUGUCAUUCUUAGUGUGUUACUUUGAUCUGAAUCGUCUGCCGUUAGCUAUGAUAACUUUAUGGAAACAUACAAUUUGGCCAAUAUUAAAGGUGUGAAUGUGGCCAUUGUUCGUUGGAUCUUGUUGUCAACCCUCAAGAGUGCCGAUGCUGCAUGGAAUUAGAGCAAUGCCGUGGUAAAAUGUAUCAGUUCGAAGUCGAUGAAAGGAAAUGCAUUUUGGAUCACCCUGGCUUUAACGAAGUUUGCCUGAACGAAUUUGUUCUUCAAGCAGCUUCGUUAGUUUUAAAGACCAAAGGUCAUCGCAGUUAUGCGACCGUUUUUCGAGAUGGUCGAAAGACCAGAGAGGAGUUCUUUCGAGCAGUAUCGUACAGACAAGUCGUGCGCCUUGUAUGGUACUUUACAGGCAGCUCCAGACAUUUGCCACUGCCUUGUUGUUGUUACAACAAAAUACGGACGACAUUUCCGAACAAUAAGUGUCUUCCUUACAAAGGAUUCGAAGAGGAUGAGGACAUAUAGCAAUGUAAAAAGAAAGCAUCAUGUGCAUUGGCUCUGGAGUGCUUUUUCCUUGGAGUCUUCAGCAAAGUGUCAUAAAUUUCUUCAACAUAUGCUUCAACAAAAUUGUUUACCUGCAAUACAUGCCAGAAUAAGAGAAAUGAAUCAUUUUUGGUGCGAAAUGAUUAACAACUGAAUGGUAUCCCUCCAAACAGCUAGUCUGGGCAACAGAAGAUGCUUGUUUGAUAGCUUUAACAAGUUGUAACUUGUGCUAACCUGACGCCGCUCUCUUGACGUUGUUGGUGUUGGCGAUUUCUUCCAAAUAGUAGGUACGGAACCAGGUUUGAGCCGUCUAGUCAUACCACCCAAAUGGAAAAAACGCUCAAAACAAUCAUCCGAGAAGUGAUUCGAACAAAUCAUAAAUCGAAUUUCGCGCGAACUCGGAUUAAAGUUUGCGCGCUUCGUCUCAACAAAUUUAACCCAAAUUCUUCUUAAAGACUCGUCGUUUGGGCUUUUAUGUAAUGAAAUGCCUGUACUUCUAUCAGACGUAUUACUGCAAUCUUGCACGACACAGCGUGUUGAAGGCAUGUUAAAAAAAUUGAGUUUACAACCUUUUAUAUCUCUA